AUGGGCCCCAGUGGAGCUGAGAAGAUUGAAACACUAUACAGGUCUUCUAUAGAUUCAUUGAGAAUAUAUAGAGAGAACAGGUCAGAUAACAGGAGUUCCCUGGAAGAGAGUAUCGACCUAGCUAGAGAAGCCGCCGAACUAUUAAAAGACACUACCGCUGCAGACACCAAGAGUAAAAUAUGGAACCAUCUUGGUAUCGUUCUCCAACACAGAUACGUUGAUGCGAAAUCCGGUUUAAUAAGGGAUAUCGAUGAAUCGAUCCAAUAUAAAGAGAGUGGCUUGAAGGCGAUGUCCCUAAAGACCAAGGCAACCGUCAGAGCUCGGCGAAUGAUGGGCCUGGGAAAGGUGUAUGGUUGGCGUUGCCAAGCAGACCGCAAGGGUCAUGGAGAGUAUGAUUACUAUUUUCGGCAGGCUCAAGACCAGUUCCAUGAUGCAUUGAAGGCAUUGAAUAGUGUUGGCGAAGCACUGCAAGCUACCAAGAAGAUUCGUGUCGAGAUACUCGAUAGCCAGGGGAUUUCCUAUCGAGAUCAUUAUCACGCAACAUUGAAUUUGAAGGGCCACGGUGGCGCCAAAAUUUCGAGCCUUCACGCAUCAAUCUCAUGCUUCGAAGAAGCUUUGGAACAUGCCUCGCAAAUUCAAAGCUACUCCACAACCAGAUACAAGAAAAUUUUAGCAGUCGGCUAUGGUGAUCUUAUACAGUCAUUGGACGAAGUAGAUUUUCACGGAUCCGAGCCAGCAUGGUCUCGUUUCUGGUCAAAUGGCCUUGCGUUGAGUCAGGGUGUUGUUGAUGAUACGCCAGAUGAUCAUCAUAACCGAGCAGAGACUCUCUACAACCUGGCAAGCUUCUAUCAAGAUAGAUAUUUACAUUCAAGGAAGUUGAUCAAGAACAUGAAGCUGCACGAGAAUGCCUCCGCCAUUGCGGAAGAUUCUAAACUGGUCGCAAAAGAAUUGAACAAGGCUAGUCUUCGGAAAGCAAUGGAGUUUCACGAAAAAGCUCUCAAUCAUACGAAAAGUCCCAUCUACAAUCGCAUGGAAGCCGGACAACAAGCUAUGUUUGCCUCUAUAGAACUGGAGAUUUGGUCCGAGGCGGUUACUAUAGCGGAACAGUUGUUGGACUUGGCGGAACAGCUUGCCCUUCCCACUCACUCGGAUGAAGAUCACGAGCGCAUUCUUCGAACGUUUCCUCGCUUAGGUGCAACAGCGGCAUCCGUAUUCAUCAAGGCAGGGAAACCAGCCGUAGAAGCUUUGCAGAUACUCGAGAGAGGUACUGGGUUGAUAGACUAUCUCGCUUUACAAAAGAAGACGAAGCGAGAUCUUCAAGAGAUGGGGCGAAAACCUAGCGAAGCUCACCUUCUAUGUCUUGCUAGCGACGGUCCUGUGGUAUGCUUCAACGUUACUUGGCUCGGAUUCUACUGUAGCCAUGCAUUCAUCAUGACCAGUACUGAAGUACGUGCCAUAGAGCUUGGCCAAGGAUUCACAGACCUAAAGGUAGAAGAAUGUGUCAAGGCGAUUGCUUCGGAUCAAGGGUACCCAAGGUCAUAUCGCGCAAAACCACUAAGCUACACCGAGAACGGGGUAACUAAAGCUGCACAGUCUACAACCGAAUCUGGGAUGAAGUCCUACAUGAUAUGGCUUUGGAACGAAGCUGUGAAGCCCAUAUUGGAGGAACUUGAGUUCUUCUGGAGGCACGAACCUCCUCCCGAGCUGCCUUUGAUCUGGUGGGUUGGUGGUGGCUUGACAGCUCUUCUUCCCAUGCAUGCGGCUGGUUACCAUAAUGCUUCCUCUAAUGAAAACACUAUCAGCCAUGUCAUCUCUUCUUACGCACCUUCGUUGAAACGGUUGCAAGCUUCUAGGAGCAGAGUUUGGGUACCACUUCAAUCGAGCGAAAGUACCAGAAAAGCAAGCCUUGGUAUCAUUGCAAUGCCUACAACUCCUGGAUCUGGCUUCGGAGUUUUGAAUACCAAAAAAGAGAUCGAAUCCAUCCAGCGGCACAUCGCAGGUACAGCUCAUGUCGAUACUCUGAUAACACCCAGCAAGGAGCAAACUCUGCGAAUGUUCGAAUCUUCGCAAAUGGUGCAUCUAGCUUGUCAUGCAGAAUUGGACCCAGAGAGCUCUUUCAGGAGUAACCUUAUACUAGGCUCUGGAUCGAAGCAGGAAAGAUUGUCGGUCGGCGAUAUACGGUCCAUCAAUCUUCAUUCAGCCCAGAUCGCCUAUCUAUCCGCUUGCUCCACAGCAGCUUCCUUGGACGCAGACUUGGUCUAUGAAAGUAUACAUUUGGCCAGCGCUUUUCAACUAGAAUUCAGACACUUCAGGUAG